CGCCGUAUAACUCAAAAAAGAAGAAGAAAAUACAUUUAUCAAAAUGUGUCGGUGAUGUUAACGGAAACCCCGCAGAGUGAGACCUCUUCUCACGGUCCGCCUCCUCUUUGCUCAAUGUUUUAGGAAACGUGGCCUUACCUUACCGCAGCAUCACUGUUGUGGAUGAAUGAGAAACAUCCAGCGGUUCUUCCACCUCUUCCUGCCCGUGUCUCAGCUACAGCACACAGCCCGCUUCUGAACCAUGUCUGAGACGGAGCAGAUCCCGGAGGCCGUCGCUGCCGUCCUGGAGGCCCUGAACAACACGGACUCCAACGGAACCGAGCAGGCUCUCAACGCGACGGCUAAAUUCGUGGCGAGUCCGGAGGGCACCGCGCUGGCGUACGGCAGCUUGGUGUUCAUGGCUCUGUUGCCCAUCUACUUCGGAGCCCUGCGUUCUGUCACUUGCUCCAAAUCAAAGGAGCUCGGAGAAAAUGAGUACGAUUCUGGGUUCAGAAAUGCAUCAGACAUGCCUGAAACGAUCACCAGUCGAGACGCCGCAAGGUUUCCCAUCAUCGCCAGCUGCACUCUGUUCGGGCUCUACCUGUUCUUUAAGGUAUUUUCUCAAGAGUACAUCAACAUGCUGCUGUCCAUCUACUUCUUUGGCCUGGGCGUGCUGGCUCUGUCUCACAUCAUGAGCCCUCUGAUGUCCAGGAUCUUCCCAGCUUCUUUCCCUAACAAACAGUUCCAGCUGCUCUUCACUCAGGGCUCCGAAGAGGCCAAAGAAGGUGAGACCUGCUGAAUAAAGUGUUUAAGG